CUCAAAUUAAAAUGUUUAUAUAAAUAUUUGAUUUUGACAAGAUUGGGAAGAAAUAUAAAUUCUCUCAAAACAAACAAAAUGACGAAUGCUUUUAUAUUAAUAACGUAGCUUAUAUUUACACGAAGUUCAUAAUUACCGAACAGAUACCUCCAAAGACCUCAAUAUGUAUAUAGAAAAACGUUCUGGGCUCAGGACAUGUGCUUAUUAUGGCUCAAAAAAUUCGCUCGCAGUUUUAAAUGUUAUUUACAUUGUAAGUAUUAAUGUUCAUUUUUUAUAAAUGUUCUUUUAAAUAAUAGUUAUGUUUCUUCCGAAGUGUGGCAUGAUACGUAUGUGGACCAGUGAUGAAGAAUAUAAAAAUAUAAAUUCCCAGGCUAGAAAAUUGAGUUAAAGUUUGACAUGUACUGUUUAUAUAUCCAUGGUGCUGUCUACGUGUCAGAGAACAGGAAAUAGAUGAGUAUCUAAUAGUGAAGGAUGUUUAACUGGCUGUAUUUUUGCCCUACCACUGUUUUUUUUGCACCUCAGACUGUAACUGGGUGUAAACAGAGAAGGGAAAGAGGAAGACUUGCAACAGCAAAAUAUUUAUAAAACACACUGUAGGCCAGACAUUAUCAAUUGUUAGUUAACAAUAUGCAGCCCUAAGAGGUCAUUAAAGAUUGAGAGUACAUUCUUUCAAUAGCUACCAUUUCAAGUCUGAAGAAGGGCACUAGCACAUACUGUAUAGUACUGAAAAUUAUGAUGUCAUUGACAUUGUACGUGGCCCAAGGAAUAUUUUGCUUCUGGCUCCUUUUCAAUAAUGAGUCUCCCUAUAUAGACUUCCCACAAGUCAACCUUGAACGAAACGCAAGCGUGUGAGCGAAACGCAAAAAAUGUGAAUAAGUUAUUGGCUAUCAAUUAACAGGGGGCCGAGUUGUAAAGGCCGUCAAUUAAUGUAAUCCGAGCUACAUUAUCUAAUCGCAUGUGCGGCAUAUUUGUCGCUUCGCUUUGCGAAGCAGUCGUUCUCAAUAUAGGAAGAAGGAAUUCCACGACUGACCAAAUUGCUAACUUGGUCUUUCAUAAGCGAGACCAACGGAACGACAACGAGAACCAGCGACUUGUUAUUUUCCGACAAGUACUGGACAGCAUGUGGAGCUAACUCAAAGGUUAAGCUUUUCCCAUAUCCUGUCUGUUCCGAAACGAACACAUCUCUGUCAGAUAGAUAGGCUUCAAUGGUCUGCCGUUGAUAUUCUUUCAACUCUAAAUAGCCAGAAAACUGCUGUGCCUUUUCAAUCACCUUUGAAACCGAAUUGUCCAUUUAGAAAAUGCCUAAUUGUAUUAAAAUUGUAAACAUAGAAAAUUCCUAAUUGUAUUAAAAUUGUAAACAUAGAAAAUGCCUAAUUGUAUUAAAAUUGUAAACAUAGAAACCACAGACACGGUGUUGAAAGGCAGAACACGAAAUACUGAGCAAUUUCCUUGUUUCCUGAAGUCUAUUUAUAAAUACAUCAACAUUUCCCUUUCACACUUCUCUGAUUGGUUGAAGAGAUCAUCAACAAAUGAAGCUCGCAAUAUAUAUGGAUCAGCGUUACUGACCCAUUUUUGGGUCAGUAAAAUUUGGCGCGCUGCAAGUAUGACAAGUCAGCCUCGCGCGAGCGACGGUCGGUUGCGCUCGCUGCUUGGGUUUCGUUCGAGGUCGACUUGUGGCAAGUCUAUCUCCUAUAGUGAUCUGACAUGUUAGGGGCCUUGUCUUCAUGGAGAUACUAUACUGUAGGACCCAGUCAUGGGAUUAAACUGAACAAAUCCAGUGUGUGGGGUCAUUGCUGAUAAAUACAGUUAAAUUGCUAGGUGAUGGCUAAAUGUCUGAUGAUAGGUCGGUUUACACUAUACACUUAAUUUUGGUGCCCACAGUGGUGUCAAGUAACGAAGUAAAUGUACUUUGUUACUGUACUUGAGUACUAUUUUUGAGAAGUGAACAUGUAACAAAGUAAACUUUUUCUGGAGUACUUUUACUUGGAACAAAGUCAUUUUAAGAAGUAACGUUUUACUUCGUUAUUUUCAUUUUCAAGUAUUUCGUUACUUUCUAACUUUUGUUUAAUUUUAAAUGUGAUUUAUUUCUGGUUUAUUUUAAUUUCGGGAAAGGUUAUAUGAUCUCUACAGGCGUCUGGGAUCUGUCGUUUAUGACUUACUUAUAAAAAAGAUUUAUUUAAUGGAUUUCUUAUAUCUUCAACUGGGUAUGGAAAGUAGACCAUGCUGUGAAAUAUUGUAUAUUCAGUGCACGCAUGUAAUGUGUGUGUUGUUUUGUGUCUUUUGUAUGUUAAUCCAUUGGAGAAGUUCCCCUCCCCCUCUACAUGCUACAGACAAUAGUACUUUUACUUUUACUUUGUACUUCAAGUAUUUUUUAAGGAUACUACUUAAGUACCAGGGGUUUCAGAAUGAUUAGAAGUAGGCGGUUGUACCAAAAAAGUAGCCGGCUGUGACUGAUAAUUAAAAAAACGCGCAAGGAGGGGGAGUGGGGGGCGUGCCCUCGCAUGGAAAUUUAAAAAAUUUUCGUGCGCAAAUUAACAAUCAAAUAAUAUAGAAUACAGAAGUGAGAAGAUAAAGUACAACUGUUCACUUGUUAGAUUUAGAUGUCAUUUGCAUUUAUACUUGUAAGUAACAAUGUACUUUUUAUUGUGCUACUUGUAGUUUAAUCACGAAGGUGUUUGCUGUUCGGAAAAUGAAGACGCAAUUUACAAACAAAAAUAUGCAUAUUCUACGCACAGACAUAUUACAGUAGCUGAGUAGCAUGCAGUGCGGUAGGAAGCUCUUUUUGAUUAGGGACUGAGAACGAGGGCCGAAGGCCCGAGGAAAUUUUUUAAUUUAGAGUCUCUGAAAUGCCAUUUCCUGGACUUUGGGGAUGUUUAGAACAGAAUUCUGAUGGUCAGAAAACAGCGUUUUAGUAUGUCGAAAUUUACAAUUUGUUUACAAUUUAGUAGUACUAAAUGGGCGAAGGCGUAUUUAAUUAACUAUAUAUUGCAUGGAGAAGUUGCAGGAAAGUAAGGGUAAUAUGAUUCUUUGCAGUUUGUCAUGGAUAAUGUAGCCGCUUAAAAUUAAUCAAUUGUCAGUAUUUUAAAGGUAUAUUAUUUAAAUGAUAAAGGAUGCAUGCAUAUUUACCGAUUUACGAUUUGUUAAAUGUUAAUAUCCAUGUAAAUGCCAUGAUUUCGUAAAUCAAUUUAUACUGACAAUACAAUUAUAUUAUAUUUUCUCUGUUUAACAACUAAAAUUUUGUUAUACUAUUAUUGCCGUAAUUUUCCGAAUGACCAACUCGAUUUUCCAAAUAUGUUAAUUCUAAAAAAGUUGGGGUAAACCCCCCCCCCCUCGCUACGGCCCAGAGUUUUUCACUUCAUCACUUUAUCAUAAUUAAUUCGUUGCCAAAGAAUUAGUCACUUGCCAAAAACAUUUACCAAAGUGGCUCUGAAGGUUCUCUGGCUCACUGUCAAAUUCGGAUUCCCCAAUGGCAAUGCUCAAGGAACUGUCAGAGUCAAUCAGAGUUAUCUUCCAGGAAGAUUCACUUCGACACCAACUUAGAAAGCAAGCUAUGUUUGGUACUAUAUAUUAUUGAUCUUAUUGAUCUUCCAAAAUAAGUUAUGUUUUGCUUGAAUUCCAAUUGGAACAUAACAAACAUCGUGUUGGUUCGCUUGUACCUUUGUAUAUAAUUUUUUUCCUGUGACCAGACGAAAAGUAGCCGGCGGUAAAAGUUCAAGUAGCCGGCGGAACUCCGCCGGCUUAUUCUGAAACCCCUGAAGUACGUUUUGCUUCCAGUACUUUUAAAUACUCUUACUCAAGUCGUUUUAUUGUUAAUUACUUCUACUUUUACUCGAGUACAAAUUCAAAGUAAUUUAGUCACCACUGGGGCCCAUACCAUUAUUAUCAUUGCUCGGAAUACAGAUCUAAGUAUUUACAAAGGUUGAGCAUGGAUACAUUUGGGUACCAAAUUGCUGUACCAAAAAUUGAACAUAGUAAACAGGGCUUUGCUGUUGUUGUUGCCAUUGCAUGCUGUUGUUGUCAAGGUUAUUGACAUUGUUGUUACUUUUGUUGUUGUUUUUGUACGUGUACAAAUACAUAACUGUACAUGUGUUCUCAUAAAUUAUAUAAAUUAUUUAGGAUUUAGUGUAAUAAUAAUAUUGUAAAUUUAUAUGUUGUAAUUUUGUCACUGAAAAUUUUUUUAAAAUUUGGAUCCCGAAAAUGGCAUUUGCAGCAUUCUGAGAACACAUUUUGUAAAAAAACUUUAGGUUUUCAAAAUAUUGUUUUAAUGGUGAAUUUUUAAUAAAUCACAUGCUAAGCAUAGAAAACCAACAUUUCAGAGAAAGUAUUCACAUGAUUAUUUACAUUUGUGAUUGGAAUUGCAAGGUGGUUUAAUUAACAACGCCAAUGACAAUGUAAAAAUUUACCAUUGUUUUUCAGCAUAAUAUUUUAAUAUGCAUUCAAAUAUUAACGUGCAGCAGGAAAUUGCGCUGCUAAACAAUAGUAUAAGCUUCAAAAACAACAAAAAUCGACAAUGACAUUUAAAGAAGUGCCUAUUGCAAAAAGUUCACCCCCUAGUGUCCGUCAAAAAAAUAUAUAAAAUGCGUUUGUUGUGACAUGUACAGUACAGACUGAAACAUAUAUGAUUAUAUUGUUUGGUAUAUUACUUAAGUUUAUCAAAUAGUUAUUAUUUAAUAUGACAAUUACGUUAUAUGAGUGUGAUUUGUGUUAUUUGGUACCAUAGAAAUCCCAAUAAGUAUAGUUGUAACAAAUAAAAAGCGUUAAAUUUGUCUAAUUUUGAAUAGAUUUGCAUUGUAUUACCGUGCUUUGACUGUUUUUAUUCUUGCGCUGUGAAUUCAGUGACGUAAGUAAAUCGCGUAUACGAAGCAUAAGUUAUAGUUAUUGAGCCACCCAUUCAUUCGUUGUGCGAUCCGCGAUAAAACGAGGCUGUUGAAUUAAGCAACAUGAAAAGGCUCGUUGCAGGAAGCGUGGAAGAAGACGAAGUUGUGUCCCCGAGCACAUGGUUAAGGGUGUGCGCAUAGCACCAGACAUGGAUGUGGUUCUUAGCAAGUUCACCUAUAUAUCCGAGCUUACCUACAGUACACUGUCCUGACAUAAACGCGGCACCAUCAAAACUGUCUCAUACACAAUGUUUUCUCUUUGCGUUGCUUGUACUUGCCCAGUUGCCCAGAUUUCAAAUUAAAUUAUAUAGGCAGAGGAUUGCGCGGGCCGCGGGUCCUAUAAUAUACUAACAUGCAGUGUCGCCUCAUCGAUUUUUCUAGUAUAUGACUAUAUUUUUUAUUACGCCCGCUCAUCUCGUCGUGCGUUUUGGCGCCCGCCAAAGCCAUCCCUUAGUAUCUUUUUGUGUAUAUAAUAAUAUAAAAAUACUAUAGGGAGAAAAGAUUGCAGGGGCCCUAGGCGAGAAAAGUGGUUGAAGCGUGCUUCCCGCUUUUCAUGCUUAUGAUUUGGAGCUUCUAGCUAUUUUAUUUAAAUAACAUUUAGGCCAAUUAGAAGGGGCCCAAAACGGCCUUACAAGCAAGGGGCCUACCGGACUUUAGCCCGGUGAGGCCGACCUGCCCCUGCGGGCCCCUAGUAUCUGCCACUGAGUUCCCAUCACCAUUCAUGACAGAAAAACAUAUGUCAUAAUUUUCGUUGUAAUGCAGUGCACGCUCAGUAAUUGUUCGUGUUUCACAAUUUUUAAACACCCAGUAAACUUUUCCGUUUCAUGGUUGCAUGUAACAAAAUAUCUUACAGUACUAUCUGGCAAAUAUCUAAAUUUUACCGGAUACUGGUAUCCAGAUCCGACACAUCCCUGUAUCUAAUUUAUGUAGUCAACCUAACACUGGCAGUGAAAUGAAUUCUGAGUUAUCUUGUAAAGUCCCUCUGAUCCAUCCCUAUUAGUCAUUACCAUACAGUUAGCCUGAUUUAUUCACAAUUUGAUUGUUUAGUUUCUUGCCAUUCUGUUGAUAUCUAUUGCUGUCUACGCCAAGAUCACAGCUGUGUUAACUAGCCUACCAAUACUGGGUGCAGUAGUCACAUGUGGUGUUUUCCUGUUAAUCAUUUCAAUAUUUGGUCUUAUUGGUGCUGUAAGACAUCAGCUGGUUAUUCUGUUCUUUGUAUCCUUUUCAUCUAUAACCUGUACAAUGCCAAAUGGCAUGCUUUACGCAGCCCACCUCGACUCCUCAAUUUCUUGUACAAAUAAAGAUAUCGAGAAAUAAAUGAUUUCUUUAUCUUCUUACUAGUUUUCCCUUCUCAACAUAAAUGCAAGUAAAACCUGUUUGCAUAUUAUUAUGAGUGUACAGUAGUGAAAAUUAGAAGGCAAAGAAAAAAUUCUCUCGCCCGUAAGAAUUUAAUGGAAAUACUGUAAUAGGUUUACAAUCUAUCAGGCCGCGUUUACAGUAUAACGAUAGGGCAAAUUUACCGUAGCGUGCUUGUGGUCCGUAGUUGGUACACUACGGUAAAAACCACUCGGUGAUUGUGUCAACACAAUACCAAGAAACGGUAGUUAAAAAAUGGGUCGUCAGAGAACAAACGAAUCUGAGGCGAUUUUGAUAUUACGACCAUCGACCAUGCGAGUAAAAUCCUCUUGCGUUGUGGUGGACUUUAUUUUUCAUUAAUGAGAUUGCUUAAAUUCCACCAGAAUCCACCUCAAUAUACUGUAAAGCUUGAUUUGGUUGUAAAAACGCCACACCCACGAUCUUCCCCCAAAAGCUUGUUCGCAGGUUUCAACUUGCAAUCCUGUUAGAGAUUAUGUAUCUUAGUUUAUCUCUGCUGUUUAGAAUUAAGCUCUAACUAAAAUUUUAAUUUUGUUUCUGAGAUGGUUCGUGACUGUUUCGAUGACGUAACCGUUUCGUUAACGUGACCACCGUAGGUUUAAUUGAGCACCAGCAAGGGUACAACACCUUGUGGACAGGGUCUUUACUCGAAUUUUAGAUUUUGGGAGUAUGUCUAAAUUUCCAGGGUGUGUACUUGACAAUUACCCAUGCAGCAUAGCGAAAUGCACGAUUCCAGUUAAUUAUGGCUAUGCUCAGCAACAAUAUAUAGACUGUGCCUGUGGUUGUUCUAUGCUUUACAACCAAAUACAAGGAGAGCAUAUGCUUAUAUUUCGCCCUGACAUUACAGUAAAUAAUUUUAGCAAUUUUAACACCAUACGGUUCCAAUUACCUAUAUGGCUAUAUCCAUCUAAACUAAAGAACAUCACUGACCACUUUUACGAAUUUCGACAUAAAUAGAAGGAAAUUCUGUCUUGUAAGUUACACUCUAUUUCACGAACCUACACGACUUCACAUAAGUAAUGAAAUUGCGUAAGUCCGGUUCAAACGAAGGUGGGAGUGCAUGAGAUUUGGCAGUCACGUUACUGUUAGCUGUUCUUAAUGCUAUAUUCAAGUUCACAUUAUUAUACAGUUGAAGUACUGAACAAACCUUUCUUGUGUUAAUCUAAGGCUUGAAAUGUUCCCUGUAAAAAUUCAUGACUACCUACUCUCAUCCUCGUUUGACCGGCGCUUUAAUGUCUCUGAUUAAACUUUAUACUGAUGAGAGAACAUGUCUAGAAAAUCGGGCGGGCAGACCCUGGGUACGAGGUUGAGAACAUGUCUGUAUCGUACUGUACAUAACUGAGCAGGCAUAGCGGUAGGUUUCUGUUGACAUGCCUCCUGCAUAAGCAACAGUUGUCAACACAUGUCUGAAAUACCUAAAGUUGUUUUCACUUGUUAUUGUCUGGUAAUGUGUAGCUUGUACAAGGAAAAACAAAAGCUAACAAACAAAUUAUUGAAUAAUGUAAUAUUUCUUAACAAUGAACAAGUACAUGAUAACCCUGGCAUUUUUGUUCAUAUUCUUACUAUCUGUUUCCAUCGCCGCCCUGACUGUCUCUCCAGCGAAACAAGAACAAUUAUUAAGAUCAAGUUGGCAACGUUUGGGAAAUCAAACGAAAGAUGAACUGCAAGUUGCCGGAAACUGUUGUGGUUUCCAUGUACUGGCAGAGUUGGCUAACACUACUAUGUCUCAUCCACCAUGUACUAAGGUAAGUUUAGUAUGCGGCUACAUUUAUCAUUUAUAGAACUUGAGUGAGGGGGAUUCGGCGAAAUAUUACCCGAUGGGAUGAUAUUUAGCCCCAAGAGAAAAAUCAUCACUGAGGUUAAUAUUUCGCCGAAUUCCCCGAGCGGAGGGUCUGUAAAUGAUAUAUUAAACCAAAAAUUCAAAGCCUCCAAGUUGAGAAUAUAAAACGUGCCACAUACCUUCGUGAAUGCGAUGUUUUUUUUAUUAACGCAAGUAUUUCGUCAUUUUUAUUUCGAUAACAUUUCAUAAUUUUAAAAAAUAGCUUUCUUUGAAGUUUGAAAACUUGUCGGCCAUCUUGUUUGCGUGCUCGCCGCACGUGAUUUACGCGAAUCAUAUCACCCGGGUGAUCAACGGGUGAUAUGACCAAAUCAACCCCGUGUGAUAUGACCAAAUCACCCCGUGUGUUAUGAUUGAAAUCACCCGCUACGUCAAAUGACGUAAGGCGUGAUAAAUCCAUCGUUGUAUAUUCUUCAACACACUGUUAAAGACGAUAAAAACGGUUAUAUUUUUGCACAAAACUGUUUGAAUGCGGGAAAUAUUAUUUCAAAGAGACAAAAUCAAGGUGAGGGGUUUUGGUGGAAGUGGGGUAGUGUUCUCCUUCUAAAACUCAAUCUUCCGAGAAAAACGGUAGUAGACUAUAAACAUGCUUGUAUUAAUCCUUGAUCAUGUCUUCUAACGUUUGCAAGCGCAAAAACUUGACGAGCAUAUCUGCAAUGAUUGGAUAUGGUUGACAAUAAGUUUACUUUAUUUUGAAAAUGGGUCAUUGUGUACACUGUCAGGUUCAUCUUUUGAAGGGCACGUGUAAAACUCGAAACCGAAAAGAUCGCGACUUCAGCCCAUGUAACCAAGUAUAUACAUUCUAAAAACAGCUUGGUUAAAAUUUUCCUGGUUAACCUAGAUCGUAGCCUACUUGGGUUAACUUGAUAAUUCUGGUUAGAUUUCUUUGUUAUUUUAUCUCACUUCCUACCAUAGUCUGCUUAAUGUAACCAGGAAUCUGGUUAUCUUCGACCAGCACAUCCUGGUUAAAUUAACCAGACUAUGUUAGGAUAAAUAACCAGGGGCCCCUUGUAAAAUAACCAGGAAAGUUAACCCAAAUAGGGUUAUUUAUAGCUUGACCAGAAACAUUAUGACAAAACAUAAGAUUUUUAAAGUUUAUUGCUUCCUUACACGAGCGCUAUGAUGCCGCCAAAGUUAGUUGUACCAAUUUUCGGGUGACGCGUCCGUGUUGACGAAAACGUCGCUUGCUUAAGCUCACUAAUACAAUUAUAAUAACAUCGUUAUCGGAAUAUCCAGACCUCACAACGGCAAAACCUCGACCUCUAAGCGUGGAGAGCACAAUAGACGUGUUUAUGUCUCUUUUUAAUGCUUCUAUAUUGUUAUUCGUACACUGUAAAUUUCAUGGAGUUAAAUCGACUCCAAAAACGGUGACAAAAUAACAUUUUUGGAGUUGAUCAGACUCCUUAACAUUGACAGUGACAGUGUAGCAUUUUGCAAAACACAACUUCCAUGUCGUCAUUCACACUCCAAUGCAUAAUAUGCUCGUCCAUUGUGCUUUUCGUGCUCAGAACUGAGAAGUAGAUUUUGAGUUUUGACUUUGGAAUGGACAACAUUACUUGAAUUAGCUGACAGUCUGUUUCUAUGCCUAUAGCUUCUGGUUUUAAAUAUAGAUUUUAAAAUACUGAUUUGAGGAUCAAAUGAAAAAAAAUUAUUAACAAAUUAUUUCACAAUGAUGAUUGAUGUAAAUGUCGUAACACACUUUUUGGAAAACAUUCCAAUGCCCUCUUAUUACUCUGCAAGUUGUUUGAAGCCCUCCACAUUUGAAAUAUGUACUCAGUAAAAUUCAUUCAGAAGAUGGCUAAGAAUGUUAUUUAUUUAGUCACAGACUGAGUUUUAGCCGUUACAUUGGUUAACGUUUUGUGCUUCGUUCUUACUCAUCACAUUUUUCUGAUAUUUCUAGCUUCCAUGUUGUAAGAAGAAGGCUCACAAUUAUUGUGACCAAUGUCCCGCGUGUUUUACGUACUUCAAAGAUUCAAUUGACCAAGUUUUAUCUGUGGCUGGGGGUGUCGGCUUGUUUUUCAGUUUUACUUUGGUAAGGAAUCCUCGGCAGUUUUCGAGAAAAAAUAUAUUAUUUUAAUCACUUUAUAUGCUAGAGUACUACACAGCACUACUCACCUUUUACACUCAUCUUUAAAAUCCAGAUUUGAAAUCCCUCUUUGACAAAAGGACCACUUUAUUACAAAUUUCAUACCUUUGAUGUUAUUUAUUAUGAAGCAGAAUAAAGCCUGUUAGGUUUCUUAGUUUUACUGCUUUCAACCUCGUACCCAGGGUCUUUCCUCUUGGGGCGAAAAGACCCUGGUAGACGCUGGUCACGUGAUCUUCUAAAAUCGAGCAGAUUUCUAAUUAACUAUCUUGGAUUCCUUUACAAAAAUCAUACAAAAAGCAAAUUAUAAAUUAAACUAUAAAACUUAUCCAAAUAUCAAAUAUUUAUUGACCUCAUCUUGGAUUGCUAAUUAAAAAUCUUCUAGAUUUUAGCAGAUCACGUGGCCAGCGUCUACCAGGGUCUUUUUUCCCUUCGCCAAGAGGAAAGACACUGGGUACGAGGUUGUACUGCUUUGUGUUUGUCAAUUCUUUGACGAUAUAAACAUCCAGGAAAUCGAUCGUUAUUCAUAUUUUUUACGUAUUUCUCCGCGAAGAAGACCUCCCUCGAAGAGAGUCAAAAUGCAAUCUAGUUACUUCAACAUGCACGCCAAGAACAUCGCCGUAUUCGAGUCGUUGUAUAACGCUGCCUCAGCACAUUACUACUGGGUUUUUAGCUAGCUCAUGAAGUGAACGAGCGCGCAAGUUCCUAUGAAAGAACUCCUACCUCACUAAUUCCUCAGACUCAAACCUUGUCUUGUUCCGUGCCAGAUCCUUCCCGCCAUAUCAGAUUUGAUUGACAGGCACAUCGAUUUUGACCAAUGGGAAUUUUGCGUUGUGUGGGCAACGCGUAUUUCGUUUCUUGUUGUGUUGUCGGCAGUCCCUCCUUUCUCCCGAGGGACUGCUCGUGGUUUAGGCAGAUCUUAUCCCUACUGAUACACAACCUUCAACUGCAUGUAGUACAAUGACCAACCUGGUCAGACUCCGUAUUUCACAUAAUCUGACCCUAUUUCUCUACUCACGCCAAUGCUCGAGACAACCCACGCAUAACACUUCUCCCAACCCAAGUUGAUCUUAUGCCAUCAUACCCUCUUUCGGUCUUUCCCAACCUCACCAACGACCUAUUAACACUGAUCCGUCGUCUUCUCAAUUGACCUUUCUUCGGAUGGUUUCUCCAAACAGUGCUAAAUGUUUGCAAAGUCAAAAUCUCUACCCAACUCCAUUCUGUUGCAAAUCAUUUUUCCACGACACCCACCUUGCGGCAUGCCGUCAUCUAAACUGAGUCGAUCCACAUGUAAACCCAACCUCGUUCCCAGGCUCUUUCCUCUUCUGGAGCAAAUGUAAACCUUCUUGCACGCUUUGACCGCUGCCUCACCCGGCGUGUCGUCUCUCAAACCAGUUGCCCUCGCGUCCUGCUUUUAAAACCUGUUUGCAAGAUUUGACGUAAAACGGCCUUUUUGACAAGCAAAAAUAAUCCGUUGGACAUAACUUCUUUAUCAUCAGUCACUCUGAGAAAUAAAUGGCGGGUGUGCCACAAUGUUAGACCUCCCGAAUGCUUUUGGAAUGCUUUGGUCUCCUACAUGACGCCAUCAACAUCGCUUUGCGCCAAGUCGGUAUCCCCACAUCGGUAUCUUUAUCUCCAAUAUGCGUAUACGAUGACGAUGAACAUUUCUAUAGCUCGAAUUUACUUGUGGAUGUGAUCAAAUGCGCUUUAUACAUCGAGUAUUACGCUCACCUUACUGCCUAGAUUAUUUUAUCUUUACAACAAUUGUGAUAUUACUUUCUUUACUGUGUUUAUCCUAACCCACCUUGUCAACUUUCCCUGUUGGAGGAAACCGGAGCACCCAGAGAAAACGCAAGACUUUCAGAGCAUAACAUUGGCUUGCUGACUCUUUUCACAUUAGUCCAUGACGAUUAACGAGAACCAAACCCACGAACUCAAAGGUGAAAGGCUCUUGCACUGACGGCUGCGCCAUUAACCGAAGCCACGACUGUGUCACCGAAGCUGCACUACACUACACUACACCACACUACACUACACUACACUACACUACACUACACUACACUACACUACACUACACUACACUACACUACACUACACUACACUACACUACACUACACUACACUACACUACACUACACUACACUACACUACACUACACUACACUACACUACACGACACUACACUACACUACACGACACGACACCACACUACACCACACCACACCACACCACACCACACCACACCACACUACACUACAGGGUGUAUAAAAAAAAAACUGAACACAUUUGAAAUUGCUCUCAAUUUCGCAAAAAAGCCAUUAGUAUCUAGUUUUUUUUAUGUAUAUAACUUCUUUGGGUACUUAUAAGGUAGAAUAAUGAAAAUAAUUCUUGAACUCAAAUUUUGUGAACCAGGGGGGUGUGUCUUUUCCAACAAAUGGCUUGCGCACGAAAUUUAAAAGCUUUAAUCGUAUUUUGAGUUAAUAGAUGGAAAAUUUGUUGGGUUUUUAAUUACUGUACAAAAUUUCAGACAAUUUGCUUUAGUUUAAAUCCUUUAACUACCAUUUUUUCCUAAAAAAAACAGCCUUUCGCAUGCUUAAUUCAUGCCUUUACCUAAUUUGCACAUUGCUGACAUAUGCAAAUUGGGCAAAUGCAUUAAUUAAGCAUGCAAAUUGCUGAUUUUUUAGGAAAAAUGUAAGUUUGCGUGAAUAGUUGAAUGGCGUAAACUGAAGCAAAUUGUCUGAAAUUUCGUGCAGCAAUUAAACACCCAACACAUUUUUCAUCCAUUAACUCAAAAUACGAUUAUAGCUUUUAAAUUUCGUGCGCAAGCCAUUUUUAGUUUGUCGGAAAAUACACCCCACCCCCCCCCCCAGUUUACAAAAUUUGUGUUCCAGAAAUUUUUUUCAUUAUUCAACAUUAUAAGUACCCAAAGAAGCCAUAUGUAUCAAAAACUGGAUACUAAUAGCUGUUUUGCGAAAUUGAGAGCAGUUUCAAAUCUUUUCAGUUUUUUUAUACACACUGUAUAAUAUAGCAUUGCUCUGUACCAGAAUCCGUAAUAAGUUGCAAGAAAAUGUAAUAUGGCCUUAACGUUCACAGCACGUAACAUUCUAAUUCAUGUUAUGUUUAUCUUACAGAUCUUUGGUGUUUAUGUGGCAUACAAAUAUCGGAAUGUUAAAGAUCCCAGCAAUCUAUCUGGAUCAUUUCUUUAAGUCACUUAGUGAUACAUGCACAUAGAUAUCUUAUAUACACUAGAUAGCGCAUCUCUUUUAGUAAAAUUGAAGCUAAGAAUAUUCCAGCGGUGACCCCCAUUUGAAUAGAUGGCGGCCAUAUUGGAGCUUCCCACUCGCUAAUAAACGUUUAAAAAACAACAAUAACUUUCAUCAUUUGAAUAGUUUGAAAAUGUAUUUGGAAUAGGUUUAACUUAGGCCCCGUUUACACUAUACCGGAUUGCUAUCGGAGUGGGUCAAAUUUUGUAGGUAUCGAAAGGCUGUGAAGAUUUUUACUCUCAGAGACCCAAAUAAACAUGCCAAUUCUGUCAAACUAAUACUGAGCAUUUGCUACUAACCAUUGCUCCUUAACGGCAAAAGAAGUUGUCGUGACGAGCGAAUCCGGUAUAGUGUAAACAGGGCCUUAAUGUUUAAGUUCCCUGUUUAAGAAAUAGAAAAUAUACGAGUCUUCUCAUUUCAUGGGAAUAUCCUGAGUCUGCAAUCACGGCUUCAAUUUUUGAAUUGCAGAAUAAUUAGGUGCACUAUAUCUAGUGUAUAUAAGGCCACAUAAAAAAAUUACUUGUUUAGCGUCCACCCAUUUUAAUUUUACUAGGUCGGGCGGGCGGAUUUUUUUCUUUUUUUUCGUAAAAUGCAACACAAAAUUCUGCUAAAUGCAGGAAAUCCAGUAUAUUACCACAGUCAAAACUCACUUUAAUUCUUUCAAAAUCCGUUCAUGUUUUUUAAUACCGUUCAUGUUUUUAAUAAAACAGAAAUGAUUACCGUUUGGCGGUCACGCGCGAACACUUUAGCUGCGAGGAAGGAGUAAACGUAUUACAUAGCUCCCAGAAGAAUAAAAUCACCAUUUUUUCAAGUAAAACGGUCUUUUUUAUAGAGAGUUUUUGCACUAAACUCGGACGGAUUUAAAAAAAAAAAAAAAAAAAAGUUGGAGGUCGGGGACUUUUAUCAGGUCGGGCGGGGACGCUAAACAAGUAAUUUUUUUUAUGUGGCCUAAGAUAUCUAUGUACAUGCAAGGUAGCAUACUGCGUACUUAGCUAAUAUUUAACGCUGAAGCACUUAUACGUGAUAGAAGUGAAGGAUAGAACUGACGUUAUUUAAACACAUGCAUAUCAUAUAUGAUCUAGACAAUAUAUUUUAAUAAAAAGAUAAAGUGUGUGAGAAUUUAUUGUCUAAAAACAGAUAAUGCCAUAAUGUUGCAUUUUAACAAGUUGUAUGUACCAAGUGCCGUGCGCAUUGUGCUACUAUACCGCCACCAUUAACCAAUCAGAGAUUGUCACAGUG